UGGUUGAGCUCGGAGGCUUCCGUAGAAGGUGGGAGAAAGAUGGCGGUGGCGACCCUAGAACGCUUGGGUGCGUUAUGGAUGCAGAAUCUGCAGGGGAAGCUGGCCUUGGGGAAAUCUACCAUUGUCGAAGACAAAUAAAGUACAGCAAAGACAAGAUGUGGUAUUUGGCGAAAUUGAUUCAAGGAAUGUCCAUUGACCAGGCUUUGGCUCAACUGGAAUUCAGUGACAAGAAAGGCGCCCAGAUAAUCAAAGAGGUUCUGUUAGAAGCACAAGAGAUGGCAGUGAGAGACCACAAUGUGGAAUUCAGAUCCAAUUUAUACAUAGCUGAGUCCACCUCAGGGCGAGGCCAGUACCUGAAACGCAUUCGAUACCACGGCAGAGGUUACUUUGGGAUCAUGGAGAAGGUGUACUGCCAUUACUUUGUGAAGUUGGUGGAAGGCCCCCCACCUCCCCGUGAGGCGCCAAAGACGGCGGUCGCCCACGCCCAAGAGUACGUUCAGGAGCUCCGGAACCGGACCAUCAUUCACACUCUGUGAUGGGGACUCCGCCUCCUCGGUGUAUAGAGCUUGCCCUGUACUUCCUGAAAUCAAACAAUAAAGACAAAUGCUUUUUAUGACUUGUCAUUGCGUUAUUGAAAUAUGAAGUACGACUGCUAGUUUUUUUAAGGCUGCCCUUCUCUCUGAGCCUCUGGGAAUGUUUUACGCAUUUGCGAUCUGGAAGGGCAGAUCAGCUUUGAACUUAGUAACAGACUAUAAUUCACUAGGCUUUUUCGAGUACCUUUAGAAGGGAUGUUAACUUUUUAACUAGUGUCCUGCAGGUGCAAGUGUGGCUUCUGGACCUGUGCAGAGAAUAGGACAAGAAAGCUUCUCCUUAUUUCACUUGGUUUUCCCCUGGGAGUCAGGGAGGAUGUGUCGGAGGUGAGCAAGGCUGCAUGUUGUCUCAUUGCAGGUUUCAGGGCGUCCUGUGGUUCUGAUUUCCCUUUCACUGUAGGUGCAGGCCAAUUUUUCCUUUCCUUGACUGUUUUAGCAGUAACCUGAAAUUACAGGAGUUUAUUAGAUGUAUUUAAUCUAAAACUCCAAAACCCCUUUAACUCAGAAAGUUUUAUUCUAGUUGUUAAUAAAGACCCUUGUUUUAAUCUAGCUGUUUUCAUGUCUCAUUCUAACGAUAUUUUCUCAUGUGUGGAUGUCUUGUUUAGGAUUGAAUCAUUUUUCAGAGUGAAUUCAGUUACUGAGGAAUUGAACACACCUCAGCGUUGCAUUCUAAAACAAGGCAGCAGGUGGCGCCCAUUUACCUCUUGUUAGCAGAAAAUUGUUAGUAUUGGGAGUGUUCAGAACUGCGCGGCUCUCCUUGAUAAACCUGUUUUCAUUGAUAAGAAGCUACUCUGUCCACAGCCCUGGUUCAUUGUUUCUCAGACUUUUGUGUGCAGAGGAGUAGUCUGGGUGCAGACUCCUAGGUUUUGCCCCAGCGAUUCUGAUUCUCUAGGUCUUGUUCCAGAAAUCUGUGUUUUAAAGAAGCACGUCCAUGUGAUUCUGUUGUAGGGGAUCACACUUUGAGAACACUCUUCUAAUUGAAUGAAGACUUUUUUAGUGCCCUGUUUUAAGUUGACAUUAAUCAUAGCUAUUUACUGGAAACUCAUUAUUUGCCAAGCUUUGUGCUAGUAUUAUUUUACAAUAUCUUCACAACAUCUUGCAAACGUAGUAUUGUUUUGCCCCUUUAUAAAGGAAGAAAUCAAAGCACACAAAAUGCAGAUAACUAUCUCAGGUUCACAGAGCUUGUAAAUAUUGGAGCUAUGAGUUCAACUAGGUUUCUAAAGUACUGCGUAGCUAAUGAAUACACAGAUGGGUUUUCAUGGGUCCUCACUGAGCCACAUGUGUGGGUAAAAAGGCAGAGGGCUCAGUGGAAUAAGCCACUGAGGUUUAGGACAGAUUCAUUCUGGGGCCCUAAGCUAUUGUUGCAUUGAAGCAUGGGAAAAUACAAGUAGUAAAGGUGACCCAGUCCUGGCACACCCAGUAACGAGAGAAGACUGGCAGGUCCCUUCCUUUCCUGGCCUCCAUUUCAUUCAUCUGUAAACAAGAGGCUCGGUGUUCUCCGUAGACUGCCUCCUCCAGAAUCACUUGAAUAUGUGCUAAAAGUUCAGAUUCCUGGGCCCUACUCUCGGACUAAGUGAAUCCGCACCUGGUGUGGGAUCCCAGGGAACUUGGACUUUUAACAAGUGCCCCAGCGGUGUGCAUGCUGGAGAAUCCUGGGCCAGAGGGUCUGGUCUCUCUGCUGUUUUUUGUGCAGGUGCUGCAUGAUCCUUGGCCUGGCUUGGAGCUCUGACUUGCUUGGGUGUGACUAAAACAAGCCAGGCGGUGAUGUGGCCUCCAUCGCUAUGAGUUAUAUAAAGGAAGGUACUGCUUCAGCCAGGCUGUUAAACUGUUCUGAAAAAGUUAAGGACAAAACAGGUCUUGAAUUUUAAUGAUGACAGUCUGCUCGUGACCUAAGCUGAAGCCUUCAUUUGGAACCACUUCUGGCGUGUUAAAAAGUGUAAUGACAGCUAACGUGUAGCAGUGUAUGCACAGCACUGCUUUAAGCACGUCAGUGUACCUCAGCCCACGGAUCCCAUUGUGCCUGGCGCAGGGUACACACAUCUGGCUAGUUUCCGUGGCCGAGUUCCAACACGUCAGAACAGUUUUGGUCCCCCCUUUUGAAGUUUAACUUGACAUGGCUAGAAACCAAUGUUUAUUAAUUAUUCUUAAACUAAUGUUUUAAAAUUAUAAUGGCGAUCUCUGAGCACUUGUAAUUUCCUUUUUUCUUUGUCAGAGGAUUAUGAUAGGCUUAAACAUUUUUGUUGGAGCGAAGCACCUUGAGAAAGUGCACUGGUCGAAAGUGUGUGGCUCAGGGAGUGACCACCUGGUGAACAUGCCGCGUAGCCGGCUGAGGAAGUAGAGCACGGUAGCCACCCUGAAGCCCCUCCGUGCCCCUCCCCAGUACUGCCCACCUCUCCCCCCAAAGGUAACCCCUGUCCUGACUUUCAACAUAUGAUGGGCUUAAAAAAAAGGUUAGCUUUUGUUUUUGUUUUUCUAUCCAGCAUAAUUUAUUUGGCAAGCCUUAUAUGCCUGGCGGUGAGGAUGCAGGCAGUGGAAGGAGAGCAGAACAGCCCCGGCUCCGUGGAGCUCACGCUAGGAUGGGAGAGACGGACUGUGAGUCAGUGAUUGCACGUGUUUCCUGUGCCUAGUGUUACGGAAGUAGAGGGACAGGGCUCUGGGGGCAGAUAUCAGGGCUCCCUGAAACAUAGUUACUGUUUUUAUUUGGGCGGGGCACUUAGGUCCUUAAAGAGAUAGAAGGAGGGGACAGGAUAAAGAGGACAAAUGUCGUAUGGGGUAGUAGAGAGUUGUGUUAACAGAAUGCCAGCCUGGGGUUUGUUUUUAACAGUAUAAACAUUAGGGCCACUUCACCCUUCCAAGAAGAGUUAAGAUGUAUGUGGGAUGCAGGAUGUGGAUGGGGAAUGCGCUUUUUCUGGAGCUGACUUAGACCUAUCAAACUUGAUCAGGUUCCCAGUAAGCCCAAGGGGAAAGACAGGUGAAGUGUACUGCAAACAUCACAAAAUAAAAUGGGCAUAUUUUUCUGUGUGUGAUAAAAAAAUUAGAGUUUUUCCAUGCAUUUCAUUUUAAUACAGAGGUUGGAAUAUCAAUUUUAGUUAUUGAAGCAGGGCUCAUCACAUGUGUGUGUUUAAAACAGGAAAUGUUUUUGCAGUUGGUGAGCUUCCAGACAGAUCCCAAAGCAGGAGAAAGUUGCAGAGGUGAUACUAUUAACACUCCUAGGAAGGGUCAUCUCUUCUCAAGCCUCUGUCUCUGAAGUAACUCUCUAGGGUCAGAUCUCUACAUGAGAGUUUAGCCUUUAUUCGUAAGUCCAAUGAGCCUACUGUAAAUUCUGUUAAUAUAUAAUGUAGGAUAUAUCAUGGAAUUACAAAUAUGUUGGAUGGGAGAGAAGAAAUAUUGGUAAGUGAAUCAUACUUGUCCACUGAAGUAAAAUAUUUUGUUUGUCCAAUGGAAACUUGAAUGGAUUAUUUCUUAUUAUA